AGAGAGAGAAAAAGCCGGAGCGAAGAGGGUGUGUAUACGUCGGGGGUGAAAUGCGAAGGGAGGUUUCAUUCGCGAGCAGCACGUAAACGAGGUGAACGGCGGCCUGCAGUCGAUCGGCGAACGAUAAACGGUCGAUGGAGGGUGCACGUACGGAAGCGCGGAGAAAUCGUAGGUGUACACGCGAUUGAGCGACGUUCCGUCACGCGAGAGAAGCGGUGAGAUUCGUUCGGUGAACGGGAAAAGUAGAGAAUCGGAGCGAGCGCGCGGGUGGACGGAACAGGGUGGGAUAGAAAGGGGGGCGAGAGAGGAGAAGGGAGUCAGGGGUGAAUGAAAAAUAGAGACAAGGGUAAGCGAAGGGUUGGCGAAAGAAUCGCGGGUAGGCCCGGUGAAUCGUCUCGAACUGGUGUUCCCUCGGGAGAGAAACGAGGAUGGCCCCGGCGACGCGACGUCUGGACACCGCGCGAGUUAAUAGAACGACGGGGGUGGCUCAGUGAAUACGACGCCUACGUGCGAUAAACAACCGAGAACCGGAGGACGCCUACGUGCCGCUUCCGAGAACGCAUCGUGACCCACGGCUUUUAUGCAAAUCGAUAAUUCGAGGACGGGACGGCGAUAAAAGUUUGUUCUCGGUUUCGCAAAAAAAGCGUGUCCGACGUUGCUGUCGUACGAACAACGGCGACGGUGACGACAUCGCAACGGUUCAGAUUUUCACGUUACGAGGUCGCCGAUUCGAAUCUGCCGGUGAACGAUGUGCAACGUUCCCGAGAAGAGGUCGAAGACGAUGAGGCGGAUUCAGCUGCAAAAUAAUUUGCGGAGGAAAAGGUGGCCCUUGCGCUUUGCCCUCUUCAUCAUUUACGUGUUAGUUCAGUAUGUCACUUCUACGAAAAUACCCCUAUAUUCUGAACUCGCGGACACCGAAGAGAACGUGACCCGGGAGUCAGUCUUGGAAUCGUAUGUGACCGAGGCGAGUGAAAAUCUCGAGAACGAAGAGACGGAAAAAGAAAAGGAGAAAGAAAAAGGGAAAGCGUUACCAAACGAGAACGAAGAGAAAGCCGAGCCGAAGAAUAAGGAGGAAGGGAAGAAAAUCGAGGAGUCGAAGAACAAGGAGGAAGGGAAGAAGAAAGAGGAGCCCAAGAACAAGGAGGAAGGGAAGAAGAAAGAGGAGCCCAAGAACAAGGAGGAAGGGAUAGGAAAAGUGGUGGCUCCGAAAAAGGAAACGACAACGGCAAAGAGCGUGACCACAACGGUGCCGGCAACGACUACCAUCAUAUAUGAACGAGCGACAUGGAGGCCGCGACGGGAGAACUGUUCUCCACCGGCCAUCGAACAGUUCCCGCGAUCGAUAAUGGGUCCGUCGGCCCGGAAACACGGAGGCCUGAUCCUUCAUAUUCUAGUCGCGAUUUAUACGUUCCUGGGGCUCGCCAUCGUCUGCGACGACUACUUCGUCUCCAGUUUAGACAGAAUUUGCGAAGAACUGAGGUUGUCGCCGGACGUUGCCGGUGCAACUUUCAUGGCCGCCGGUUCCUCAGCCCCUGAGCUGGCCACCGUGGUCAUCGGCGUUUUCUUCGCCAAAGAUGACAUUGGAGUGAGCGGUGUGAUUGGAAGCGCAGUGUUCAACAUAAUGUUCGUAAUAUCGCUCUGCGGCCUCUGCUCGACGACGGCGUGUAAAUUGAAUUGGUGGCCUCUUUGCCGAGAUUCAUUUUUCUACGCGGUAUCGAUCCUGGUGAUGCUCGGCACAAUCUACAACGAAUCUAUAUCUUGGAUGGAGUCGCUGUUCAUGCUGAUCAUGUACGUCGUGUACUGCGUCGCGUUAUCGUUCAACGCGAGGCUGGAACGAUGGGCCAAGUCGUACAACAUACCAUUUCUACCUAAGGACGACGAACCCGCGGAGGAGAGCGCCCUCGUUAGCUACAGAUCACUCCAGGAAGAUCGUUUAUCCUACACGGGACCAAGUUCGCCGGUGACGGAUCAGUUCAAAGCUCCCGAAGACGGAGUAGGAGCAGGGGACGCCGCUGCCGUGCCGGGAACGAACGAACCGACGCCGGCACCGAAGCAGCCUGAAUAUUACAAAGCGAAAGAGCCGGACCCGAACGAGGUGUCGCCGUUGGAAAGACCCACAGACGGUAGCCAGUGGACCCUGUUCACGUGGGGUCUCGUCUACCCGAUUCACUUUAUGUGCCGCGCCACAAUGCCUGACUGUCGACAAGAGAAAUUUCGAAACUGGUAUCCCUUUACUUUUUGCGUAUCAAUGGUUUGGAUCAGUUUCUAUAGCUACAUUAUGGUGUGGAUGAUCACGAUCAUAGGGAGCACUUUGGGUAUCCCCGACACGGUGAUGGGUCUGACGUUCGUCGCUGCCGGUGUCAGCGUACCCGACGCGCUGUCUUCGUUGGCGGUAAUAAAGGAAGGCCUGGGCGACAUGGCGGUGAGCAACGCCGUAGGUAGCAACGUCUUCGACAUCCUAGUUUGCCUCGGGCUUCCAUGGUUCAUCCAAACCGCGAUGAUACAACCCGGUUCCCACGUGAACGUGACCAGUCGAGGGCUGACGUAUUCGACGGUGUCCUUGCUCUCGACGGUAGUAUUCCUGGUACUCGUCACCCAUUGGAACGGCUGGAAGCUGGACCGGCGAUACGGAGUGCUACUGAUGAUUUGGUACUUGGUGUUUAUCGUAUUCGCUUCGCUCUACGAGCUAAACGUUUUCGGGGAGAUGAAUCCGCCGGUGUGCUACAGCGCGUUCUAAGAGAAUCGUCAGAUCCACAGACUGCACGCUCGGUUUCGUUUGCAUUGCGCGUGUCCCACUAAUUAUGCUAUUAACAAAAAAACGUAGUUUCCCGGGAGCUCCUCUAUAAAUCUUCCACUGCUUCUCUUCCCGUUUCUCCAUUCGUACGGCUCCUUCCAAGUUGAUUCAUUCUUCCUGCCCCUGCCUCUUGCCUAGAUCUUGGUCGAUUCCCCUACGUCGAUGAUCUCGCUUCCAUUUCACGUGUACAUACAUGUACAAUGUUCCCCCCUAAAACGAAAUCGGAUCUCCCUUUCUCUCUCGUGUAACGUACUUGCAUGUUACGAACCAUUUAAACGGACAAUACAUUAAUCAGUAUUACGAGACGAACGACCCGUUAAGUACGUACACGUAUACAUACUAUAUAUACGUAGGAACCUAGCGUGAGUAAGUAGCGAGAUAGGGCUACAUAGUUUUAAUCCGAUCGAUCCAAUCGGCUGGUCUUCUUUCUCUCCGAAACCCUCGACGCGCUCGAGACAUCCGUUCCACUUGUCGCGCGCGACUCGUCGCCAGUGGAAAUUCGGGCACGAAGAAACUCGGGCCAAUCGUUCUCCUCCUGAUGCGAAAGAUCUCGUCCCGAAGAAACGCGCGUCGAACCAUGACGAUGUUCAACGUAGUCUGAGGAAAAGCUGUUCGAACGUUCCUUCCUCGCUCCGAAACUUCUUCGCCAUUCGUCUCUUUCUGUUUAACUCACGGUCGUCUCUCAGUUCGCGCAAGAUCAGUUCAGUUCUGUCGAAUCGUCUUUAUUAAAUCCGUCCGCGUGUUCGUUCAUCCGUGUAUUAUUACCUCGAGAUACGACGACCAAAUCCUCUCCACUCCCCUUACUCUCUUCUGUCCUCUAUUACUUUUUUUAGGAACACGUACUCGAUGCAUUUCGCGUACACACGUUGCGUCCUUUAUUCUUACUUACGAUUAGAAUCCGUUCCUUUUCGAGUUUCAACGAACGGUUCACGAUUAGUUAGAGAAAAGAGGCGAGUGCUUCGAACGAGUCGAGCGAACGAUAUCGACUACGUCUCGAGUCGUUCCAGUGCCGUAAACGAACUACGUACGUACGUAAGGAAUUGGCGUCGACGGGGGAGUGUAAGAUAUUUUAUGUCCGUAGAGGGUAAACUUUCAACGAGCGUGACCGAUUAAAAAAAAAGAGACAAUAAUUAACGCAGCCUUAUCCGAUGAAAGUAUUUACACGACGUGAGUCUGCACGGUUCUUGAGAUCUCGUCGACGCGAUCGAUGAGCAAACGUUGAUUAGUCAGUGAAUCAGAAGACGCGUCACAUCUUGAUACCGAACGGUAACGACGGAACUCGUCGACGGAUCCCAAGGAUCGCGCAGACGUUUUAGCGUAAAGGUGUACGCGUAUUUUAUCUGCACGUACAACACAUGCAUUAGCCGUAGCUAUACAUAUAAGUAUUAUACGACAACGUACGGGACAGCUUAGAUUUAUAUAUGAUUACGUGUUUGUUCACACUAACUACGUUUACUAUAUCUACCGUUAGCGCUUCGAGCGGAUUAUAUAAACUGAUAUUCGCGGUCACACGGUUACUCGCGAGGUGUAGCACGUCCGGUAGGUCCGAUCGAAGAUAUUGGAACUGAUAUUAAGAUCGCUGACUCGUAGUUGCGCGCAAAGUCUUCAAAGUAUUAUACAUAUAUACACAUAUAUAUGUGCGUGUGUGUGAUCUAGGAUCGCGAGCAUGAACGGCCUUCUCGUCAGGGGUUGGUCUUUCGAGAGAACGAGGCCCUGUAGUCCGGUUCGCUCGACUACUUUUAUACGACCACGUAACUCGUAAUUAACGUUCGAAAAUUGGUGCCGAUGUCUCAUAGUCAAUGAAUCGAUCAAUUAUCCUAGCGAUGUUAAUUGUUGUUACGCGUAGGUGUAAUCCUUAUAAAUGUAUAGGCUGAUAUAUUACACUUGAUCAAUUCCUGGGUGCCCUUAACGUUUAAACGUAGUAAGUAGUGAUCGGUCAAUAUGAAUCAAAGUCAAUAAUACGCGACAACGGCGGUUUAGAUGUUUUAUGUACGGCUCCAACGAACAUGUAUUUACCCGUCCUACGUCCCCGUGUGUCGUCCACCAAUUUUCGAACAACGAACCAAUGAGAAAUUUCAUUCCUGAAAUAUAGGCUCGGAGUAAUAAGGAGAGCGGAAUCGUAGCAGAAACGGCGAUGCGUUAUCGACCUAGCAAAUAUUAAUUAUUGUUGACUACUGUAACUAAUAGAUUUUAUAUCGUGGCGUGAUAUACGUACACACAAGGAGAUAUACUUAGCACGUAUUAUAUAUACAUAUAAAUAUAUAUACAAAUAUAUAAAGAAUAUAUUGUACGCGUUUAGCUUGAAAUUAUUCAUUUCGAACGAUUCGGUUCUAUUCUUCCUACGUGCGCGAUGCGUUUAUUAUAUAUUCGUUGUGUCAAUACGUCCGUGUACCUGUCAUUGACAAGAGGGAUCAUCCGAAUAUUCAGUUCGCUCUCAUUAAUAAUUAAUCUCGCGUAACAUCAACGGUACAGCGUUUCAUCCUCUAUACUCUAUGUAAAGCGUGCAAAAUGAUCAUGUCGUCAAAUACGAUUGAAGAGGAGAUGAACUUGGAACGUCGCUGGCUGCUCGCGCGUUCGGCUAUUAUAGCGUGUAGCGACCCUUGGAUAAAACUUGUAAUAGACAUGCCUAGCAUUUUAUACUCGUACGUACCACGAUAAUGCAACGUUAACGAUAACUCGUAAGAAUAGAUUUAAUUUUUCGAUUAAGCUGAACGAUCAACGAACAGACGUACGUGUAUCGUACGAUUUAUACCCUGCGUGGGAGACGGGAGGCUAACGAAGUCGUGAAGAGACGUAAGCGCACGGUGCGCUCGUAGACAACGAAAUAAAAAAAAAAAAUAAUGAAAUGACAAGCGACGAAGCGGAAGAACAAUGCGGUGAGAAUGUAGCUCAAGCACCUUUUAGAAUCGGUAAUUAAUUUCUAUAAUUGUGAACGAACUCGGAGCUCCCUCUGUUAACGUUUUUUCUCUUGUUGCUAGAAAACGUUUCCG